GGGCGGGGUCUCGGAUGCGUCGAGAAAAUGUCAACAACAUGCCGGCGGAGUCUUCUAGAGAAACAGAAACCGAUGAGAAAGUAUUGGACAGACAACAAAGAAACAAUGGAAACCAGUCAUUUCAUAACAUCCUGGCUGCAAUAUCACAGUUCGUAGAUGAUAAUCUGUCACUUGUACGGAACUUGAGCACUGGCUUGGCUGUUGCUGGAGUGAUUGUAACAGCAAGGAGCAUCAGAUUGAUCACAAAAUUUCGAAGAGCGAGUGAGAUCCCUUCUCGGUUCAUAGAGAGGAACGUCAGCCUUCGUGGGAAAGUUCAUUCCAUCACAGAGAAAGGAAUUGAAGUAGAGCAUGUGCCAAUUUUCCUGCCAGUCCUCUCACCGAUACUGUCAAAGCACAAGGAUGUGUCCAUUUCGCCAAUGCUGGUGCAUCUUGCGGGAGUGGAGUUGACACCAGAGGGAAAGAUGUGGCUCCAGAACAACGUGACUCCUCCCCAAACAGUGUGGCUAAAACUUAUCAGUCGAGAGGACGACAGCUUGUACUGUUUGGUAUCCAAAUCCAGGCAGAGGUCACUGUGGAGCUGCUGCGUGAACGAGGAGGUCCUCAGGCUGGGCUUGGCUCGGACUGCACCCAUUGCAGGGGUCCGGACCGACUCUCGCCUCUACUGGCGCCUACACAAACGACUCCACAGGGCAGAGGUGAAAGCUGAGAAGAAGGGCCGGGGUCUUUGGAAGGAGGAGAGCCUGUGGGAGAGGGCUUCCAAGGCUGCCGGGAACAAUGCUGUAGUCAGAAUGAUGAGGAGGAUCUUUAAAAGUACUUGAUGCUCUAAAAGCAACUCAUUAAUCCAAGUCAGACAGUUUGUUGGUUGCAAGUUCUGAAGAUUAUUGUCAUUUAAGAUCACACAUUUCUUUUAUUAAUGGACUUUGUGUACCUGUAAUGACUUAACACAUCUGAAGUACGCUGGUAUUUAAAAGAUCUUGCAAAAACCAGUAGACAUUGUCUUUUUGUCCAGUGGGGUGGGGUGUGGGGCGUCCUGGAGGAACAAGAAAUAUUUUCCACUAAAUCCCAUUUAAAGCUUAUUUAUAUCUCUGUUUCUGUCUUUAUACGCUUUAAAUGAUUAAAAAAUGUUAAAUUAAAUGCUCUGUCUUGAA